AUGAAAGCGUCAUUUAGGAAUAUAAGCUCAAUCAUGGAUUGCGUGGCUUGUGAAAAAUGUAAAAUGUGGGCUAAAUUGGAUAUUUUAGGAUUAGCAACGGCUCUCAAAAUUAAUCUGGAUGGAGACAAUGUAUUUUCAUCACUACAACGAAAUGAGAUUAUUGCACUUGUCAAUGCCUUUAAACAACACUCUCAGUCAAUUUAUAAUUUCCAUGAAAUGUUGGCCUAUCACCAACGAAAAUCCAUUGCACCAAAAAUUGCAAUUGGUUUUGGUGUCUUGGUUGGGUCUCUUAUCUUGGCAUUCGUUCUGAAAAAUCUCUUCCCCAAGCAGGAAAAAGGAAAGAAAGAAUAA